GGGCAAUGUGAGCGCUGACACGUUCCUGCCAAAGUAGUUCGUGUCCGAAUCCGCGCACAGGAUGGAAUCUCCAAAGAGACCAUGGUUCCGGUCGUGGUUCGUGUUGUCGAUCGUGGUGGGAUGCCUUUCGAUAUCUGUCUUGCAGUGGGCUCGCUCGACGGGUUCACUUAACGAGUUCAUCGAUCGAGCACUCCCCAAGCCAUACGAUCCAGACGAGGAUAAAGACAUCGAAGGUUUCAUAACGAGUCGGGGCUUCAAUUUUUCGCGGCAUGAAAUUAUAACGUCUGACGGUUAUCACAUCGAAUUCCAUCGAUUAUGGCGCGAAGACUCCGUGGACAGAUCCUCGUUGCCAGUUGUAAUCGGAGCGCAUCUUUUGGGGACCUCCAACAGUUAUGUCAUGGAUCCUGAUGGUAUCGCCUUCGCAUACGCGGGUGCGGAUUUCGACGUAUGGCUCGUGAAUAAUCGAGGCACUCGCUAUGGGCGGAAGCACAAGCGCCUUGACCCUGAGAAAGAUCACUACGACUUCUAUGAAUUCACGAUCGUCGAGAUUGGAGCGAUUGAUUUGGCGGAACAGAUCGACUAUGUUCUCCGAGAAACGGGACACAAGAAGGUGAACUACGUUGGAGUAUCGCAAGGCGGCGCCAGUUUGUACGCGCUGCUGUCGAAGAAGCCAGCAUACAACGCUAAGAUUGCGAAAGCCUCGAGCUACGGGGGCUUCCGAAGUUUUUGUUACAACAACGACAUCAGAUACAUGGUCGCUGCUUUACCUUACGACAUUUUCGGCGAUUACCUGUUCGACUUGGUUUCCACGAGGCAGGUUCUCGAUGUGGACUUCUCGUCCUGUUCGAGAACUGCGAAACUCUGCGAAUACCUGGGUGUCAACUUUCUAGGUUUCGAAUCGAACUACUAUCUCAAUUUUUCAAGAGUAGGUGUUUACGGCAAAAACUUCCCCGCUGGUAGCUCUUUGAGAAACUUCAUGUGGUAUGCUCAGAGUCGGCAGAUCGGUUGUGACGGAAACAUGAGAGAGUUUGAUCACGACUACGGAUUGAUUCCCCGCCUAUUCACUAAGCUGGGUCUGAGAGCCUCAAAGAACCUCAAAAUAUAUGGGACCGCCGAACCACCGCUCCUCGAUGCGAAAAACGUGAACAUCGACCUGAAAAUAUAUUACAGUGACGGGGACGUCCUCAUAACAAGCAAGGAAACCUUCAAGGUUCGAGAAGAUCUCAACGUGCCGGAUGGUAACCUGCACCGCAUUCCUGACUGGCGUUUCUCGCAUUUCAACUUCGUCAUCAGAAGUCGGCCGCAUGCCAUUGAUGAGCACAGUAUCAACUACUUCCGGGGAAUCGAAUCACCUUGGAAUCCCGAAUCCUCGGAGGCAGCUUGAGCGGAUACGAGACGUCGUUUAAUUCUCUCUCAAUCAUCUUGAGUGUAAUAAUGCCAAUGCUGUAGAUACUUCGCUCGCUCAAGUCCACUACCCGCGGACAUCUCUAUCCGGAUCCCAUUGUACAGUUUCCGUUGCGAGAGCUCCUUAUGAUUGAUUGAAGCGUAGGAGCACCCUUCAUGAUUACGUUGGCAUUCUCCUACGCCACGUACGUGGCUCCUCGUUCGGGCUAAAUGGAUAUAUCCACCACAUGUAGCUGGCCUUCCUUCCUCAGUGGUGGUCCCUCAGUGAUCCGCCUGUAAGCAAGCAUGCUUGAGAAUAUUCCAAGCAGAGGGCAUCUUAGUCUGUGUUUUGACAAUAAAAACGUGUCCUUUCAUU